UUGAACAUGACCAACGGUUUUUUGACUCCGUCGGUAAAGCAGUUAGCAGGCUCACUGCUGGUAACAUCGGAAACGCUAUAAUUACAGAAACCUACUAAUAGACAAAUUGAGUAUUUUGGAACAUUUAAUCGUGAUUAUGGAGUAUUUUGAGUGCCUCAAAAACUAACUAUUUUGUGGAAAAAAGACGAAUUGUGAAUAAGACAAAUUUUGAUUAGUGAUUUAUUUUUUGUGAAAAGUGUACCUACAAGUUGUGUGUCUACCGACGUGAUAGUAAACCCACGAGAUGGUGUCUUUCCCGCGUAAAUCAAUUGUUUGUUUAACAAUUUAACGAAGUGUAAAAUGUAGUAAAUUUUUAUUUAGGGUCAUAUAAAUUUUUUAAAGUGUAAAAUUUUUUUUUUCGUCAUGUUUAAAAGCUGGUAUUCAUUCUACAUGCUUUGUUUAUUAUUUUUCAUCACACCGUGUGGAAAAGUAAAAUUUUGGGCACGUAUUUACGUGCCCAAAACAUUCCUUUUUCCUCACGCUGUGGUGAAAAAAAUCACCGCUCGCGGGUAAGUGUUUUUUCGUGAGUGCAAUGGUUCAGUGAGUCAGUGUUUUUAAAAAUAGUGAAAAAGGUCAUUUUUUUUCUGUUUAAUAGUGAAAAUUAAGCAAUUGUUUAGUGUUAAGUGUGAGUGCAUACUAAAAAAUGGAUUAGCUGAAUGCAGAGAUAAGGUAGCUGUUCUUAUCACCCAGCACCGCUGAUGAUGACAGCAAUUUGACAAGUCCUGAGGUCCUUCCGAGGAGGAAGUGUGUCAAUAGGAUUGUGGACAGUGAUGAGGAUACCUCAGAAGGACCCCCGAAGUCCGGUGGGGGAGAGGGCGAUGGUGAGGAGAUAGAGAGAGAAAAGAAGAUGAAGUACCUGAGUGAAGAAUAUCCCAAUAUCGAGUCUUUGAAAAUUCGAGAAGUCCUAACGAACUCCAACUGGAACACAGAGCAAGCCAAAUCAGCUCUGAAGUCCUUGAAGAAGCGUCCAUUAAAAAAAUCCCCGAACUCGGGGAAGAAAAAACGCCGAAAAAGAGAUGACGACGAGGAGGACAUCAAUAUUGACUCAGACGAAGCGACUUACACCACCAAAGUAUUCGACAGUGAUGAAGACUCGGACGCAGAGAUCUCCAAUGACUUGACGGGCGACAAAAAGGCAGUUCUGGGCUUCAUGCAGACUGCGAGAUCGGCAGAGCUGUUGCUGAUGCAUCAGUGCUCCCAGAAGAAGGUCCAGGCCAUUAUCGACGCCAGGCCAUUCGAUAACUGGAGAGAUCUCGUCCAGAAAUUCCAGACGAACAAAUACCUCGAUACUGAACUUUUGAACUCGGCGCAGAAUCUUCUUGCCACCAGAAAUGUCGUGGAGGCGUUAAUGAAAAAGUGUUUUCGCUUGUCUGCGAAUAUGGAAAAGGCAGUAUCCGCUGGCUCUCACAUGAUCUCCACUCAGCCAUCGACCCUUUCCCCCGAUCUGACCCUGGCCCCCUACCAGAUGGUUGGCCUCAACUGGCUAGCAGUGAUGCACUCCCAGAACGUCAACGGUAUCCUAGCCGAUGAGAUGGGCCUAGGCAAGACCGUCCAGAUAAUCGCAUUCCUCACGUACCUCAAAGAGACCUCUCCCUCCCCUUCUGACGGUCCCCACCUCAUCGUCGUCCCCAGCUCGACCAUGGAGAACUGGUCCAAUGAACUCUCCCGUUGGUCACCCUCUCUCAAAGUUGUUCAGUACUACGGCUCCCAGGACGAGAGAAAAUGCAUGCGCAUGGGCUGGAGAAAUGGUGACCUGGACGAUGUCGACGUUCUCUUAACGACGUACAAUUUAGUCUCGUCAACCCCAGAGGAACGUCGACUCUUUCGGGUUCUUCCCAUCGAAUACGUAAUCUUCGACGAGGCGCACAUGCUGAAGAACAUGUCGACAAUUAGGUACGAGAAUCUUGUGAGAAUCAACGCCAAGCAUCGAGUGCUCCUCACAGGAACUCCACUUCAGAACAAUCUCCUCGAGCUCAUGUCCCUCCUGAUCUUCGUGAUGCCCUCGAUAUUUGCAGGCAAGCAGAACGACCUGAAGAGCCUCUUCGCGAAGAAUCCCAAACUCCAGAGUGAAAAAGAGCGCGAGGAGUUGCCAUUCUUCGAGCAAGAGCAGGUGAAGAAUGCGAAGGAGAUCAUGAGACCCUUUGUCCUGAGGAGAUUGAAGUCGGAGGUCCUGAGGGACUUGCCGGCCAAGACUGAGAAGAUCAUCAAGUGUCCCAUGAUCAAAAAGCAGAAGGACCUCUACCAGAAAUUCAUUAGGGAGUUCUCCGAAGAAGCGGGGAGGUCUCCUGAGGUCAACGGCGUCGGCAUGAUGAUGCAGCUGAGGAAGCUCGCUAAUCACCCGGUGCUAAUCAGAGAUUACUACGAUGAGGAUAAGGUGGAAGUGAUAUCCAAAAGGCUGGCCAAGGAUUCGACGUACAAACAGAAAAAUCCACAGUUUAUCUUUGAAGAUCUUCUUUGGAUGAGUGAUUAUCAGAUUGCAGAACUCACCAGGGUUCACAGAUGUCUCGGAGGGUUCGGCCUACCCCAGGAGAUCAUCCCCGAGUCUGGCAAGCUGAAGAUGCUGGAUGAGCUCCUGCCCAAGUUGAAGACAGAGGACCACAGAGUUUUAAUCUUCAGCCAAUUCACCAUGAUCCUGGAUUAUCUGGAAGAGUACCUGACGCUGAGGGGACAUUUAUUUUUGAGAUUGGAUGGACAGACACCUGUCGUCGAGAGGCAGGAUCUCAUCGAUGAAUUCACGAACGACACGGAGAUCUUUGUGUUUUUAUUGAGCACCAGGGCGGGGGGGCUGGGAAUCAAUCUGACUGCGGCGGAUACUGUGAUUAUUCAUGAUAUCGACUUUAAUCCGUAUAAUGAUAAACAGGCGGAGGACAGGUGUCAUCGUGUUGGACAGACUAAACCAGUGAAUAUCAUCCGGCUAUUGUCGGAGGGUACGAUAGAGGAGGGAAUGUACGAAGUUGCUCAACAAAAGCUGCACCUGGAGCGGCAAAUUACUGGGAAUGAAGAGAAUGAUAAUGCGGAUAAAAAAAGUGUAUUGAAACUGCUCAAACAGACACUGGGGCUGGACCCACACAAUAAAUCAGUGUCGCUGACGCCAUCGAAGACUCCCACAAAAUCACAAAAUGGCUUUGAUGGCGAAUUUUAGUAGCCAAUUUCUACUUAUUUUUUUAUCAUUACUUUUUUAGAUAAAAUUCAAGCAAUUUUCAAUAUUUAUGUUCUAAUUUAGUCAAUCGAUAAUUUAUAACAAUGUGUAAGUUUGUCUUGGAAAAACAAAAACGAUGGAAUAACAUAAGCGUCAAAAACAUUAUAUUUCGUUUGAACACAUUGGAGGAAAAUAUUGUGUCAACAUUUUUGCAUUUUUCUAUAAUUUUCAGUUGAUAUUUUAGGUUUAUGUCUAUUGUAAAUUGGUGUACUUGGUGUAAGUCUGAACAGAAUUGUAAUGAAAAAUUAAAUGAAAUUGAACAUAA